AUGUUGUUGUGUUUGUGUUCGACAACAUUUUUUUCGGUAGUGUUUUUGUUAAACUUAUCUAGUCCAGUAAAUGGAUGGGGUGGUGAUGGACAUGCUCUCGUUGCUUCUAUUGCUCAAACACUACUUAAUGAGCAAUCAUUGACUUUUGUUCGUAAUCAUUUACCAUGGUAUACAUCAGGAAAUAUAAGUAUGUUAGCAUCAUGGCCCGAUUAUAUUAUUUAUCCUGAUACAAAUCCUGUUGAUUAUCUUAAUUGGCAAUGGUCAAAACAAUUACAUUUUGCUGAUACAAAAGAUUGGGCAUGUGUUUAUGAUCGAGAAAAAGAUUGUAACUGGACUAGUACUAGUGGACAACAAUGUGUUGAUGGAUCAAUCCAAAAUUAUACAACAAGAUUAGCUAAUUCACAACUAGAUGAUAUACAACGACAAGAAGCACUUAAAUUUCUCGUACAUUUCAUUGGUGAUGCACAUCAACCAUUACAUGCUGGUUUUCAUGGUGAUCGUGGUGGUAACAGUAUUCGAGGUAAAUUCUUUGGAAAAGAAACAAAUCUUCAUUCAUUAUGGGAUACUGUUAUGAUUGAACGUCGUAUUACUCAAGAUUUUCAUGGUCAACCAUCAUUAUAUCUUCAGUAUUUACUUACUCAAAUGAAAACUCAUUAUGCACAAAAUAUAUCUGACUGGACAAAUUGUUCAACAUCAGAUGAAUCACGUUAUCUUGCAUGUUCUGAAUUAUGGAUUGUAGAAGAUGCAAAACUCAAUUGUGAUCUUGUAUAUCGUGAUGAAAAUAAUCAACCAAUGAGUGUUUCAAAAGAAUUUACUCUCGGGCAAACAUAUUAUAAUACACGAAUGAUUAUUGUUGAACAACGAUUAAUUCAAGGUGGUGUAAGAUUGGCAGCUGUAAUUAACAAAAUCACUGAAUCAACUACUGAUAUUGACAAAUCAAAUAAGACCUGUUUUGCAUCAAUGUCAAUUGUCAUGAUUCUUUUUGUUCAUUCUAUUCUAAUUCUUAUUUUAUUAGGUUAUACUUUUUUACGACGAAAAAGAACAAUAGUAACACAAACACCCGUGUUUAGAGAUAAGAACGAAUAUUUGACAAUCGCUUAA